AUGGCUCCCCCGCCUCCGCCUAGUCAGUCCUUGGGCGAACGUCUUACGAAACUCGCUACGACUCUGCAAUUUGCAUGGUUCUGCGGCCACUUCACCCUCCUGCUAUCUGUCCUCCGCUAUGGCCUUUCCUACAUCACUUUCAACUACUAUUCUAGAUGGGCGCAGUUUACAUAUCGCCUGGCUUUCACGUCGGCCGUUGCCACGUAUGGCAUCGUGGUCUUCAAGGCUUAUCGCGCUCGUGUCAAGCCAGGCGCCAAGAUCACUCAAACCGCAGUCACGCUGCUCUCAGAUGAGAAUGUGCAAUAUCUCCUCAUAAGCUUGGUCUGGCUGUUCGCGAGACAAGUCCCCCUAGCUCUGCUCCCAUUCACCGUCUACUCGGUCUUCCACGUGGCGACCUACACUCGCACCAACAUUAUUCCUACACUUCAACCUCCCAAGGCUGCUCCAGGAAGCACCCCUCAGUCUCCUGGAGCUCAGAAGUCUCAGUCCCCACUCGCAAACUCAAUCGGCCGAUUCGUCAAGGAAUAUUAUGAUGCGUCGAUGUUCUUGGUGGCCAUGCUCGAGAUCUUCAAUUGGGUGCGCCUCUUCAUGUCCGCUUUGACCUUCAGCAAAGGGUCUUGGAUCUUAUUGGGUGUCUAUACCGUCUUUCUACGAGCAAGGUUCUCUCAGAGCCAAUUUAUCCAGGGUGCAUUUGGCCAGUUGGCUGCCCGGGUUGACCAGCAGGUCCAGAACCCCAAUGUCCCACCCGCCGUCAGACAGGGCUGGGAGACGCUUAAGAACAUCCUGCGUCAGGGUGUCGAGGCUACCAAUCUGCAGAAGUACUUGGGUGGUGGACAGACAUCUCAGAAGAAGCAGUCGUAG